AUGGAUGGGAAUGAAAGUAACAAUGAUAGAGUGAAAAUUGCCAAAUCCCCUUGGUUUCAAAACAUGUAUUCCAAUGCUCUAAAAUUUUAUAAGAAAGAUGAGGAAUUGGACGCCAAUGACCGUUUUGAAUUGUAUCAAAUAUAUUCUUCCAUUAGGAACAGCGAACUAAUAGGUGGUUGGCUUGGGUUUGGUAGUUUUUUCUCUUUACCAUAUUUGGUUAAAUAUUAUAAAGUAGGUAACUUCAAAGGUGUCCGUGUACCAACAAGUAUUGUUAUUGGUUUUACGGGGAUGAUACUCUCAUCACAUUUAGCUGCUGAGUCUUCAUAUAACAAAGCAAUAAAGAAAUUAGACCCUGAUGAAAUGUUUAAAAACAGAAAUAAGUAUGAUUAUGAUGGUUCAAAUCCUGAUGGUGGAGCAAUAUUUGAAGAUCAAAAACAAAUGAAAUCAAGUAAACAAAGGCAAUAUGAGAUGCUGACACUCUUGCAGAUAGGUUCACCAACUAUGUGGUCUAAUUAUUUUUAUAUGACGUACAAGAACCCUAACAAAAGAUUCCCAGACCCAAGUAAAAAAAUGGAAGAGUUCAAACAAGGCAAAAAUAAUAAAAGUAGUUUCUUAAACAGAAGAGAUCCUUUUCAAUUAUAUUCUGGACCUGAUAAAGAAAAGGCAGAAGGUGUCAUAAAAAAUACUUCAAAAAGUGCAGAAAAUGAAAACCCAUUCAAUGAAGUUUCCUAUCAGAAAGUAACUCUAGAUACUACUGAUUACGGGCAGCAAAACACAAGAAGUUCUACAAAUGGAUCAUCAUGGGAUAAAGUAAGGAGAGAAGCUAAUAACGAUAAAUUCGCUGACCCAAAUGAUUCUAGUGAUUCUAUAUUCGGCUUUGAUGAUCAAACUCUACCAAUUGAAAAAAAUGGUGAGCAAUAA